AGCCAUAAUAUAACAGCAGUUUGCCGGUUCUUAUUAAGAGGACACUGGCCAUCGUUGGAAACCCAGCUGUAUAAGUAGGAGAUCAACAACAAACCCGUCUCUCCUGUGUGACAUCGUCCAUAUCUGGAAGCAUCAAGUAGAUGCCAUUACCCAAAGAACCCCCGAGCCGAAAUCGCCCACGGCCACGAUUUGGCCCAGAUUCCGGAACUCUGCUGUGGAACGAAUCGGGAAGCACCCGACCGGUCAUCACAUCUCCAUUUGUAUUGGAGCGUCUUCACCGCCGCCCGUGUGCUCAGUGAACACUUGAGUGACCUAGAAGGGAGAGGGGAGUCCAUUUAGACACGGAAAUUACGGAAAAGUGAGUGAAAUCAUGAGCGACAGAUCAACGGAGGAGGGCGUUGAGGAAGUCGCUGGGCAGGAGCGGCCCAGAGUCGAGAGCAACGCGCUAGCGAGCGAGUCCCAGCGGCAAGCGCACUCGCACUCGCACCCAAUUCCGCAUUCAGACCCGCACAUGCUGCAUCCGCAGCAGGGCGGCGACCUGCUUCACCGACUGGAAGCACGCGGCUCCCCGCGAGAAGCUACUGCCAAGUCAGACCAGCGCCACCAUCUUAGCACGCCGACCACCCACCCCGAAGUCGUCUCGGAACCCCGCCACCAGGAUCACAACCAAAGCCAAAGCCAGAUUAGGGGUCUUUUCCACCACGCCAACAAUGCUCCCAUCCCUUCCCAGCCCCGCCAGCACUCCGAGAAGCACCCCUCCCCAUCGGAUGUUUCCAUUUCAAUAUCUCCCCCCACUUCUGCCGACCCACUCUUACCCUCAAGUCCCAACACUCCCUCGUCGACUACACGCAGCCUGACUCGAGCUCAGGCACCGCUAGCUCCAGGAGCGAAAAGUAUAAGCGAAUCUUCAUCCAGUCGCUCAAGUACUCCCCGCCCGCGACUUGUUGAUCACGAUCCCAUCCGAUCUCUUGCCAGCGGCGAACCAUCACCAACAUCAAGCGGCAACGCUACGCCGACUGAACACCGAUUCCAUCUCCAUCUGAAGGGUAUUCGGCCCCUCGCCCAAGCAAUCAUGGCAUUUGAGAAGGCUCGCAAGUUCUCCACGGGCACCUCGGUGCACCGUAAGCGCCAGAUGAGCACUCUGGUCGAACAGCAAGGUCAAUUCGGCCCUUCGCUCACGACGCUCUACCUGGGUAUCUCGGCCGUCUUUGCCGAUGACCACACUGCGGUGGUAGCCCUGGCGAUCCACGACACCGUUUACUUGGUGGACUUCUCGGUCAAGCACAUCAUCCUGGAUGAUGCCAUGAAAAUGGGUGCCGAUCUCAUUGCCGACUAUGUCAUCUCCGAAGUUGAAAAAUACGAGCACGAGAACUUCUCAAAGUUCGUCGGUGCCGGUCUCCCGACGACGCUCAAGUACAUGAGCCCGACGUUGUGCUCUCGACUCUGGCUCGAGCUGGACAUUGUGCCGAUCGUCUUGCGCCCCGAUGACGAGCACAAAGAGAAGUCGUUCUGGGAUGUCAAGCGCGUCGAUGAACAGGCCGAUUCCAUGGCGAGGAAGUGUAUUAUGAACUUUGGCCCGUCGCUCGUCCCCCUCCUCCAGGUUGGCUGGCGGGGUGUAGUCCAAACCGACGCUGGCUUCCGCGCCCACCUGACCACGGUUCAAAACCACAAGGACACCUGCGGGCAUGCUACAUGGGAGACCAUGUUGACCUUUGCCAAGAAGCUCAGGGGCAACAAGACGAAGAUUGCUUUCUUCAGCGCGACGCCGCAGGGUGGUGGUGUCGCGCUCAUGCGUCACGCAUUGGUGCGGUUUGCGCGUCUCAUGGGCGUCGACCUGACUUGGUAUGUUCCCAAGCCGCGACCUGGUGUGUUUCGCAUCACCAAGAACAUUCACAACAUUCUCCAGGGUGUCAGCCACCCGGAUCAGCGCAUCUCGGCCGAGGAGAAGCAGGCCGUUACCGAUUGGAUCGCCGAGAACGCAGGGCGCUACUGGUUUUCCGAGGGUGGCCCGCUGUGCUCGCCCGCCGAUGGCGGUGCUGACGUUGUGAUUAUUGAUGACCCGCAAAUGCCAGGUCUCAUCCCACUGAUCAAGAAGGUGACACCGGACCGGCCGGUUCUGUAUCGAUCCCACAUUCAGAUUCGGAGCGACCUCGUCGCCAAGCCUGGCACGCCCCAGGCUGACAUUUGGGACUUCCUCUGGAGCAACAUUCAGGGUUGCGACAUGUUCAUCAGCCAUCCAAUCCCUCAAUUCGUCCCCCACACGGUGCCCCGCGAAAAGGUGGUCUACUUGCCCGCCACCACCGAUUGGCUGGAUGGUCUGAACAAGCCUCUCAGCUCGUGGGCUUCGGGUUACUACGGCCACAUUUACAAUAUCGCUUGCCAUUCUCAGCGCAUGACCGAGCUCAAUUAUCCCGCUCGCAAGUACAUCAUCCAGAUUGCCCGGUUUGAUCCCUCCAAGGGAAUCCCCACCGUGAUUGACUCGUACGCCGAGUUCCGGCGGCGCUUAGAGAAGGCCGGCAUCACCGAUGUCCCCCAGCUUGUGGUCUGCGGCAAUGGGUCGGUCGACGAUCCCGACGCCAGCAUUAUCUACGACCAGACCAUGAGCCAGCUCGAGACGUACUACCCUGACUUGCUCAGCGACGUCAGCGUCAUGCGUCUCGAACCCAACGAUCAGCUAAUCAACACCCUCCUAGCUAAUGCCCACGUGGUCCUUCAGCUCUCCACCCGCGAAGGGUUCGAGGUGAAGGUCUCGGAGGCCCUGCAUGCCGGCCGUCCCGUCAUCGUCACCAACACGGGAGGCAUCCCUUUGCAGGUCAAGGACAAGGUCAAUGGCUUCCUGGUCGCGCCUGGCGAUUGGAAGGCAGUGGCUACCCACCUGGUGGAGUUGUUCACGGACGAUGAGCUAUGGAAGAAGAUGAGCCAUGCAGCGCGCACAGGCGUUUCGGACGAGGUAGGAACCGUCGGCAACGCUCUCAGCUGGUUCUAUCUUGCCUCCAAAUGGAGCGAGGUCGGCGUCGAGAAGCACGGCAAGGGCGGCCUCAUGGGCAACGAGCGCUGGGUCAACGACAUGGCGCGCGAGGAGGCCGGGUUCCCGUAUGCCGAGGGCGAGAACCGGCUGCCCAGGCACUUUACGCAGACCAAGGAUGUGCCCGUUCACCCGAAGCCUGAAGGUGCUUAGGAAUCCAACAUUAGACCCGGGACGAAGACCUAAUGGUGAGGCAAAGCUGGAAGGAUGCUAUCAGGAGUAACUCGUGACGAGUCUCUUUGCGAUGGUAUUUCUACACUGUCUACAUAGAAGGUUGGACAUCCGGGUGGCUUAGAAAAGGACGUGGUGAGAGGAGUGGCGGUUGAGAGGAGCAAUGCCCU